GAUUUGCUUAGAAGAAAGGCAGCAGCUCUCUAGACAAUGCAGUCACUAACUUUGGUUGGCCUGAUGCUCCUCCUGCCAGAAUGUACCUCUGACCUAACUGGCCCUGAGACAGUGCACGUAAUCCUGGGGACAUCGGCACACGUGCAAUGCAGAUACAGUCCAAGUUAUGGAAAAAAUGUGAAAUAUUGGUGCAGAAAAGCCAGCCGAGCUACCUGUCCCAUAAUAGUUCAGACGUCAGGCUCAGAGGACCCAGUGAAAAAGGACAGAGUCUCCAUUGAAGACAACCAUUCAUUACACCGAUUCACAGUGACAAUGGAGGACCUGACAGACAGCGACAUCGGCAUGUACAGCUGUGGAGUGCAGGUGAACGGAGGUCAAGAUUUAGUGGUGCCUGUUAACAUGACAACAGCUACCACAGAACCAGAUCACCCUGAGCAAAGCCAUGACUCCAGCUUGCCUAUCAGCUCCAUCAGUUCCCUGAUCUACGUGUCCUUCCUGGUUUUGAUUGGCUUGAAAGUGUCCAUCCUCCUGUGUCUGGUCUUCACAAUUAUCUGGAUACAUAGAAGGUGCAGAUGGACCUCUGAAGAGGUGACACCAGAGACAACACCAUGAGAGCGUGGACAGUAUCAACCACACUGUAGGAAAAUGCAAUGAAACACUCGCUGUCUUGUUCAUCACUGCCAUUCUGUGAUCUACCAGGCUCCUGACCAGGGCCAGCCCAAGACCUUCUGCUUCCUGAGUCGAGGGACCUCUCUGCACUUCAUAUAUAAAUAUCAAUCAGGCUGGCAGUUGAAUCUUACUUCAGCACUGACAAUGGGACAGCUCUGACGGCAGCAGACUAGUUUUGGGGGAUCAGGACAGGCUGCACAGCACUUACAGGUCUGUCUUCCAACACCUUGUUAUGCCAUUCAGCAUCUGCUGCCUCACAUGGGUGACACACAUUUCCCAGUGGUAGGAUUGACCCUGUGCAUGACACAAGGACUGCCCCACAAUUG